AUGGGGAGCAGGAUGAAGCCUCCAUUAUCCAAGGAUGAAUGCAAGGAUUGUGACAAAGUUGUUCCUGAUCCCAGCUCACUUGCCCCCAUAAAACUGAUUGAAGCUCCACUUCAAGCAAGGAUUGUGACAAAGCAGAUCCUUAGUUGGCAGAUGGGAAACCAGUGGCUGGAAAGUGUCAGUACGGUCACCCUGUCUCGCCAGAAGUGUGCUGUUAAGUGGCAACUAACAAUUGCUUUGUUUUCAGGUGCCUUAGCUGGACCAGUUGUUGAUCCACAUGUGACAGCAGUUUGGGGGAAGAAGGUUGCACUGAAAUGCAUAAUUGAUGUAAAUGAAACAAUAACACAAGUUUCUUGGGAGAAGAUAGAUGGUAAAAGUUCACAGACUAUUGCUGUUCAUCACCCUGAAUAUGGAAUAUCUGUUCAAGGAGAAUACCAAGGAAGAGUGGCAUUUAAAAACUACUCACUUACUGAUGCAACAAUCAUCUUAAAAAAUGUAAGCUUUUCUGAUGCAGGAGAAUAUGUUUGCAAGGCAGUUACAUUCCCACUUGGAAAUACACAGUCGUCAACAAGUGUAACAGUAUUAGUUGAACCUGUUGUGAGCUUAAUGAAAGGACCAAACCCUCUAAUAGAUGGUGCAAAUAGGACAGUAGCAGCCACUUGUACAGCAGCCACUGGAAAACCUGCUGCACAGAUUGACUGGGAAGGAGGCCUUGGUGAAAUGGAAUCCACCUCCACUUUGUUUCCAAAUGAAACAGUGACAGUUGUGAGCCACUAUGUGAUUGUCCCUACACGAUUUGCAAGAGGAAGACGCAUAACCUGCAUUGUGAGGCACCCUGCCUUUGAAAAGGAGAUACGAUACCCUUAUGUGUUGGACAUACAGUAUGCCCCAGAGGUUUCAGUAACUGGUUAUGAUGGAAACUGGUUCAUUGGAAGAGGAAAUGUUCAGCUCAAAUGUAAUGCUGAUGCAAAUCCAUUACCUAUGGAAUUUUCGUGGAGCAGGUUGGAUGGACAAUGGCCUGAAGGAUUGUUGGCUGUUAACAAUACUCUGCAGUUCAGCAGCCCUUUGACAUACAACUACACUGGGACUUAUAUCUGCAAGGUGACUAAUGCCCUUGGUCAGAGAAGUGAUCAGAAGACUGUCUACAUAUUAGAUCCUCCUACUACUACCACUCGACUGCCCACGGUUCCCUGGCAUCCUUCGACUGAUGGCACCACAGGUUUAGCAACAGAACCUAGAAUAAUAAAUUUCCCAACAUCAACCUUGCCAACAAAGCAGGACGACACUUGGGAUGUGCCCUUUAAGCAGACAUCUUCUGUUGCUGUAGCAGGGGCUGUGAUUGGAGCAGUCCUUGCUCUUUUUAUCAUUACCAUCUUUGUGACAGUGCUGCUGACCCCAAGGAAGAAAAGGCCAGCCUAUCUUGACAAAGUGAUUGAUCUGCCACCCACUCACAAACCCCCCUCAUUUGAGGAGAGAACAUUGUCAGUACCACAGAAAGAAGCUAUGCUUCAGAAAGAACAUUUUGCUUUGCAGAGCCAGUACAUAGAGAGAGAUGCUGGAAACUUGCAGCACAUGAAUGCUGUGAAUGGAAGGCAACUUACUUGUGGGGACGAAGAGCCACAGGAACAAGAGGGUCUUCAGCCUAUGUAUCCUGUUUAUCAGCAGACUUACUGCAAAAAUUGGAGCAACAGAUACCCACAAAACUCAGGACCUGGAAGAGUCUACAUCAAUCCAAGGGAACAUUAUGUAUGAUUCUUUACCCAGAUGUCUUUAGCAAGGAUUUUAAUACCUGUUGAAUAUAUGACCCUCAUGUCUUGUUGGCUUUCAUCUCUAAAAUAAUUGGAGGUUUUUUUCAUGUGUGAAGAAAUUGUAUGGAUAAUUUUAAAUAGGUAAACUAUUUGAGACUUGCCUCUAGUCUUGGGUAUGUCUGUGUUUUUGUUGUAAUAUCGAUCUACCAAAUGAGGAGAGCCACUUAGCUUUAUUAACCUUCACAGUCAUAAGCUGUAUAACUUGUAUUAAUUGGUUGGCAUAUGCCAAAAUGUAGUUAAGCUUUUUCACUGGCUAUCUCUGGGAGCAUUCUCUCUAGAUGUUUUACAAUAACCUUGUGACAUUAGCAGUCUCAGGCUGAGACAUUUUUUUCCAUCUCAGAAAACUUGGGAUAUGAUUUUUGACUGCCCUUAGCUAUUGAUUUCUCAACCAGCUCUACCUCUCUCAGUCAAAUGAGCAACUAGACUACCUCUCAAAUACUGGCUGGUCCAUAAACUACACUGUUUUCUCUCCUUGUUAAAAGUGAAGCAAUUGCCUUAUAUCAAAAGCUUUUUAUUGUCUGUUGAUUCUGCCUGUUGCUGGCUUUGCUUUUACAGUUAGCUCUACAUGAAACUUAGCUGAAGGCAGUAGAUGACUAGGCAGACAGAACUUUCUGUGAGUGUCCUUUGUGAAGCUACAUCUUACCCUUAAAUUGCUAUUUAGCUGUCUUCCCAAGUAUGACUCCUAUUUUAGAUGCUGCAGAGUUUAUUUUCCUUGGUAAUAAAUACAUCCCUUGUUUUUUCUCGGUUUGCAACAAAACUGCCUGUGAUGUGUUCUUAUGUCUUAGCAAGAAAAGAAAAGCUUCAGUCAACUUCAAAUGAUUGUCAGCACUGUCAUUUAAUCUUAGCCAGUAGUGUGAAAAAACUGGAGAAUGUCCUGAUGUUACCAGUGCUAACAGUAUCCCACAUGAAUCUUUAUAUGUCUGUGGUAAUGCUUAAAAAAUUAAGCAGGAUCUUUCUAGAAAAAUAAGUUUUCCUGUAAAUUCUAAAAAGUAAAUAUUUAGCAAGUAAAAAAUAUGUAUAUAAUGUGUUAGUGCUGAAAUGAGCUCAUAGGACAAUCUUAAAAUAUUUUAAGACAGUAGAAAAAUGAGUUGUGUCUAAAAUUUACCAGAGAAACUUAACAGACUUGAGUAUUCUCCAAGUACGUAUGCACAUAAGUACAGAAUGAUGAUUUUUGGUCAGAUGACAGGAAGGACAAAAUGUUAAGAAUGGCUGUGCCACGCUGAACUAGCUGUUGUACAGAACUGAACAUUACUUCUGGGAUAUUAAUGUGUUUCUCUGCAGAUGGUUGGUUUUAAUUAGAGGCAAGAGUCAAGCUGUAGAAGCAGCAGAAUUGAAAGCUAGUAUAGGUGAGUGUGCUGCAGGCAGGGGCCAUUGUUAAACCUGCAUUCGUCUCCACCACAGUACAAGUUAAUGAGAUCCCUGUCCACAGUAGGGCCAGGUAAAUUAAAUGCUUCUAGCUUGUUGCAGGUAGCAGCUAAAUUGUGGCUUGGGUGCCUGUGUUCUGGACACUGUAGAAGUAGAUAUUAGCUGUUCUUUUGCUAAGCAGCUUUUUAUUAAAUGAUAUAGUUGAAGCUGACAACUGAAGGAAUGGCAAAAAGAAAGGUUGGACAGAACCUGCUUCUUGGGAGAUAUAUUUGAAGCAUUGUCUCCUUGCUUUUCUCUUAGGAACUGGGCACAUUCAUGUAAAUUGAGCAGCUGUUUUCAAUUUUAAAGUUUCCUGCUGUAUUUGAGACCUAAAGAAGGGUUUGUGUCCCCCAAAAAUGAUUUUCCAUUAUGUUAAAGUAGCUACCUCUUCACAUGAGUAUUGCCUCACCUACCCUUUCAUUACUGCAGCUCCAAAAAGCAUCAGCUGUCAGAACAUUUGAAACAAAACAGUGUCUUAGCCAAAUGAAUGACAGAACAUUGAGAUGAACUGUAUUGCUUAAGAUAAUUUGAUCAAUAUUACCGAGCAAAACUUGAUACCAAAAAUAUUUGAAUAGACGUUAUAGAAUGGUUCAAAACUGUUGCUGUGGCAGUGCUUCCUCUGCGUUCAUUAGUACAAUGUGGUAUUAAGCAAGUGAUCAUUUCAAUCCCUUUUGUGAAAAACAAUUACUUUGAUUUCAGACUCAGACCUCUUCUACUGCUUUUUAUAAUUAUUU